GAGACUCUGGAGGGUUUGCAAUCUUCUGAUCUCGCUGUUCUUUGCUUUGGCGGCUUAUGUCCAGAUCAACGACCCCGACGCCGGCCUAUGGAUUGUGAUCUAUCUGAUCCCGGCCAAUCUCAUUCUUCUGCUCAGCAUCAAUCCAGAUGUAACCGGUCAUGUGAUGUGGAAGACGCUAUCGGAUCUCCAUUCCUUGCUGUGUCUGGUUGGAACUUUCUGUCUCUUUGCUUCUUGGCUUCUACAUGGCAAGAAAAACCUUCUUCACGAGGAGGAGGGCAGGGAGCUCUCUGGAUUGGCCAUUAUUGUAUUGUGGCUUCUUCUCUGCCGGAAUUCUGGGAGGCAGUCUGUGGGUGGCCUGAGGCUCCUAAUCGCCGUCUCCAUUUCAAUCUUCCCCUUCAUUACCUGGCUUUAUAUUUACUUCAACAAGGAGAUGAGAACAUUGUGGCCCCAACACUGCAAAACCGUCAUCUGAGGAACAAAGAACCUCAAAGAAUAAAUGAAGUCCCCCGAAGUCCUUCCAAUCCUUCUCGGGAAUCGGACGUUCCUAAAUACAUAAAGACUUAUUUUCUAUUCAAUAUCUGGAAAGAGACACGUCAUGGCUGGUCUAUAGGCACAAUGAUAAUCCCGAGGUCUACUGGACUGAGCCGUGUUGGGGACAAUUUAUGGAAUGAGAUGUCACUUUGUAUUUAUUUUAUAGGACAAAAAAGUAUUGAAAACAAGUGCAGAUGACACGUGCGUGAUUUGUGUCGGUGAAGGUGACACGUGCGUGAUUUGUGGCGGUGAAGGUGACACGUGCGUGAUUUGUGGCGGUGAAGGUGACACGUGCGUGAUUUGUGGCGGUGAAGGUGACACGUGCGUGAUUUGUGGCGGUGAAGGUGACACGUGCGUGAUUUGUGGCGGUGAAGGUGACACGUGCGUGAUUUGUGGCGGUGAAGGUGACACGUGUGUGAUUUGUGGCAGUGGCACGUGUGUGAUUUGUGAAGGUGACACGUGCGUGAUUUGUGAAGGUGACACGUGCGUGAUUUGUGAAGGUGACACGUGCGUGAUUUGUGAAGGUGACACGUGUGUGAUUUGUGGCGGUGAAGGUGGCACGUGUGUGAUUUGUGGCGGUGGCACGUGUGUGAUUUGUGGCAGUGGCACGUGUGUGAUUUGUGGCAGUGGCACGUGCGUGAUUUGUGAAGGUGACACGUGCGUGAUUUGUGGCGGUGAAGGUGACACGUGCGUGAUUUGUGAAGGUGACACGUGCGUGAUUUGUGAAGGUGACACGUGCGUGAUUUGUGAAGGUGACACGCGUGUGAUUUGUGGCGGUGAAGGUGACACGUGUGUGAUUUGUAGCGGUGAAGGUGACACGUGCGUGAUUUGUGGCGGUGAAGGUGACACGUGUGUGAUUUGUGAAGGUGACACGCGUGUGAUUUGUGGCGGUGAAGGUGACACGUGCGUGAUUUGUGGCAGUGGCACGUGUGUGAUUUGUGGCAGUGGCACGUGUGUGAUUUGUGGCAGUGGCACGUGUGUGAUUUGUGAAGGUGACACGUGCGUGAUUUGUGAAGGUGACACGUGUGUGAUUUGUGGCGGUGAAGGUGGCACGUGUGUGAUUUGUGGCGGUGAAGGUGGCACGUGUGUGAUUUGUGGCAGUGGCACGUGUGUGAUUUGUGGCAGUGGCAUGUGCGUGAUUUGUGAAGGUGACACGUGCGUGAUUUGUGAAGGUGACACGUGCGUGAUUUGUGGCGGUGAAGGUGGCACGUGUGUGAUUUGUGGCAGUGGCACGUGUGUGAUUUGUGGCAGUGGCACGUGUGUGAUUUGUGGCAGUGGCACGUGUGUGAUUUGUGGCAGUGGCACGUGCGUGAUUUGUGAAGGUGACACGUGCGUGAUUUGUGAAGGUGACACGUGCGUGAUUUGUGGCGGUGAAGGUGACACGUGCGUGAUUUGUGAAGGUGACACGUGUGUGAUUUGUGGCGGUGAAGGUGACACGUGCGUGAUUUGUGAAGGUGACACGCGUGUGAUUUGUGGCGGUGAAGGUGACACGUGCGUGAUUUGUGAAGGUGACACGCGUGUGAUUUGUGGCGGUGAAGGUGACACGUGUGUGAUUUGUGAAGGUGACACGUGCGUGAUUUGUGAAGGUGACACGCGUGUGAUUUGUGGCGGUGAAGGUGACACAUGUGUGAUUUGUGGCAGUGACACGUGCGUGAUUUGUGGCAGUGACACGUGCGUGAUUUGUGAAGGUGACACGUGCGUGAUUUGUGAAGGUGACACGCGUGUGAUUUGUGGCGGUGAAGGUGGCACGUGUGUGAUUUGUGGCAGUGGCACGUGCGUGAUUUGUGAAGGUGACACGUGCGUGAUUUGUGAAGGUGACACGUGCGUGAUUUGUGAAGGUGACACGCGUGUGAUUUGUGGCGGUGAAGGUGACACGUGUGUGAAACCUACAUUUUUAAUGUGCCAUGUCAUUUUGCUUCGGCCCCCAGGGAGGUCAGGAUCGGCACUGAGUGUUGGUCACAA